AUGUGCAUAAAUGGAUGCUGCUGGUUCUCAACAGUAGAAGAAGAAGACUUCAUUGACAAGAAUGAGACAUGCCCUCAUUGCAGUGAAGACAGGUACAAAGUGGAGAGAGUGAGUGUAAAUCCUGCACAGACCUUUCAGAUUGUGCCUCUCUCAGAGCAACUGCAGUUCAAACUCGCCCACCCUGAGGAACAGGCCAAGAUGGCCUAUGGUACAAGGUGUUUGGCUGGCAGACGUGAAAAUGUAUGUGAAGACAUCUUCAAUGGAGACGCAGUCAGACGGUUACUUGAUUGUAGAGUGGUUGCUCAGGAUGACAUUCUGGUGUCCAUGUUUGUUGACCAGUUCAACCCAUUUAAAAAUGCCAAAAUGUCAUCCUUUGUUAUUCAUGUUAUUAACCUGAAUAUCGAUCCUAAAGAAAGAUACAAGGCAGGUAACAUGAUGCAGUUGGCUAUCAUACCAGGACCUAACCAUCCAAAAGAUAUUGCUUUGUUUUUGGAGCUGGUUCUCAAUGACCUGAGAAACUUGGGGGCAAAUGGCCUGCAGUUUAGACUGAUUCUGGACUGGUGA